GCCAAAUAUGGACAACCACCAUUUAAAAAAGAACGUUCUUUUUAUCUGGAUUAAACAAUUCAGUUCGAAAUCUUCGUUUUUUUUGGAAAUAUUUGAAUUCUAAAGUGUUAUAGGCUAGGCUCGAGACUGACAGCGGGUGCAAUUGACCUACUCUCCUGGAGGAUUUCGCACGGUUUUCUUCUUGCGCUCUUUUUGAUCGACGCUGUAUAAUAUACUGUAGGUUAAAAAGGAUGCGCUGCUGCUACCUGGUGGGCGCUGCCCUGUGCCUGCUGCUGCUCGAAUGCCGGGCGAAUCCCAUAGCGACGGUGAUGGCGCCCGACGAGGGCCGGGCGCUCGACGGCGGGCGCCUGGAGGCGGCGGUCGAGCGUCGCGGCGUCGCCGAGGAGCAGACGCCCGGCGUCUACGUCCGCGCCGAGGUGGAGAAGACGACUGAGGGCGAUGAUAAACCGGCGGAGAUCCAGAAGAAACCCGAGGUGCACGAGGUGGUGAAGCAACUGCCGGUGGAGGAGAAGAAGCCGGAGCACCGGGUGGCGGUGGUGAAGAAAACGAAGGGCAAGGGAAAGGUUAAGGGUCGUCAAUCCGGAGAUGAUGACGACGACGACGAUGAUGACGACGACGACGAUGAUGAUUUAGAUUUGGGAGUGGGCGACGACGACGAUGAUGAUGAUGAUGACGACGCGGCCGCUGAUGAUGAUGACGACGACGAUGAUUAUUUCGGAGGCUUCUUGGACGACAUCUUGGGAGGCGACGACGACGACGAUGACGACGACGACGACGACGACGACGAGCCCAUCUCCGCCGCGCCGGCCCCCCAACCCCAACCCCAACCGCAGCCCGUGGAGGUCCAACAGCCCGAUCUGCAGCAGGAAGCGGCCGAAGCUUCGGCGCAGGCCGGCGACCUGACGCCCCAGGAGGAGCUCGACGCGCAGGAACUGGCCGCCGGCGAAUCGGACGCCAUCACCGGUACGGACCAAGCCUCCUCGCUCGUCGCGGCCUCCGAUCCCUCGGAGGUGGUGCUGAAAGACCCGGUGCAGCCGGUCGAGACCGUCGCUGAACCGGUCGUGGUUCAAGCGGUGCCCGCUACCGACGAUGACGAUGACGACGACGACGAUGACGACGAUGACGAUGACGAUGACGAUGCGCUAGGCGACUUGACUGACGACGAUGAUGACGAUGACGAUGACGAUGAGGCUGAUGAUGACGACGACGACGAUGACGAUGAUGAUGAUACGGACCUGGAGGAUAUCAUCGAGACGAAGAGAUCACGUGAGUCGAAAAAAUUAAAGCAUAGUAAGAAGGCGAAAAAGUCUAGGAAACACCAUCGUCACCAUCGCAAAGAGGCUACUAAUAAAAUCAGAUAGGUAGAGGAGUGGUAGAGUAGAGACUAUUUUAGAUAUUUUUUUUGUGUGUUUUUUUAAUUUCUUCGUUUCGUUCUGUUUCCGGCUUUCUUUUUUUUAUAAUAUCCCGGUGGAAAUUCGCAUUAUUUUUUUCGAAUUUUUUUCUGUACCAUAAACGCACUGUCGAAAUGGGAGAACGCGAAAUUUUGUAGCCAGUAGUAUUUUAUGCUUUAUUUAUUUUUUUGUAUUUAUUUAUUUAUUUAUUUAUUUAACGAAGCGGUCAUCGAGCCGCCUGCAUUACCCUAGGUACAUGUCACAAUUUGGUGACGAUUUUUUUCCUUAUUUUAAACGAAAAAAAAAUCCCUGUUUAUUGUAUGAACAUUGUACAAAUUUUUGCUGAAUAGAUUGUAUUUUGUGUGAUUUUUGUGUUUUAUUUGCAAUUACUUUUUUUACCCGAUUUUUUUAGCGUUUUUU